AUGGGCGACUUGAAGGCCGACCCCGAGAAGGCUGUAUGGCCAGAGUCCGAUUUCGACGGCGAGACUGAGCGGGAACCCGGAGACGCCGGAUGCCCAAUUCCCGGCGACAAGCCAGGCGAUGCCACCAAAUCGGAAGACGCUGGCCCCCCCGAUGGUGGCGUCACUGCGUGGUUGGUCGUCCUGGGAGCGUGGUGCUGCUCCUUCUCCAGCCCGGGCUGGAUCAACAGCAUAGGCAGUUUCCAGGCGUAUUACGAGGUUGGACCUCUGAAAGAAUACUCCAGCAGCACCAUUGCCUGGAUUCCGUCGCUUCAACUCUUCUUCCUGUUUGCUUUGGGUCCUGUUGUCGGUAUAAUAUUCGACAACUACGGACCAAGGCCGCUCAUUAUUGGCGGAACACUUUUUCACGUCUUUGGGCUGAUGAUGGCGUCGUUGGCGAAGACAUACUAUCAAUUCCUCUUGUCCCAGGGCGUGUGCAGUGCGGUCGGCGUUGCGUGUUUAUACUCGCCUGCGCUUGCCUGUGUCUCAACCUGGUUUGCCAAGAAGCGCGGAGCAGCUAUGGGAAUCAUGGUGACAGGAUCAUCAGUCGGCGGUGUCGUCUUCCCCAUCAUGAUCAGUCGCAUGAUCAAGAGAGCCGGGUACCCCUGGGCCAUGAGGACUGCGGCCUUUCUUAUUCUCGGCCUGCAGAUCAUUGCAAUUCUCACAGUCCGCCCGAGAGCAAAGCCCGUGCCCAAGAAGAUGCCCGUCGGUCGCUUCGCUGCACCAUUCACAGAGUUCCCGUUUGUCAUGUUGCUGCUGGGAAUCUUCGUCCUGACUUAUGGCAUUUUCAUCCCUAUCGACUACCUAGCUGUACAGGGUCUUCAAGAUGCACACAUGUCCGAGGAGAUGUCUCAAUACUUGGUGUCCAUCUUCAACGGUGCAAGUCUCUUCGGCCGUCUAGCCUCCGGUUAUGGUGCCGAUAGAAUCGGAAGAUGGAAUAUGUUCAUCAUCGCCUGUAGUCUUUCCGGAAUCGCCGAGUUCGCCGUCUGGAUCCCCGCCAAGCACUCGUCAAUCGCUAUUGGCUUCGCCAUCAUGUUCGGCUUUGUGUCAGGAGCCUUUAUAGGUCUUUCCGGAGCCCUUACCGUCUCAGUGUCUCCCCUGCCUGAGAUCGGCUACCGGCUGGGCGUAGUCUUCCUCGCUAUCUCCAUCCCCUCUCUCACCAUGGCGCCCAUCGGCGGAGCCAUCCUGCAAAAUUCGGCCAACGGCUGGCUGGACGUUAAGAUCUUUGGCGGCGUCAUGUGUCUCACAGGGUCGGCGAUAAUUCUGGUGUCGAGGUUGCUCUAUACCGAGAAAAAACUUCUCAAGGUGUUUUGA